ACAACAAUAAUAAGAGAAAAACUACAUAAAAAAAGAGGGAAGAAAACAAAACAAAAUUCUUAAAUUAAUAAAAAAAAACAUUCACUGUUUUUCUUCCUUCUCUUGCUUUUUAGCAACACUGAUCCUUUCUUCUUUUUCUUCCUCUAAAAUGGAUUCAUCUCAACGAUUAUUCAACAGAGAAAGAACUCUUCAUCAGAUCCUUGGAGGUGGUCAAGUUGCAGACUUGAUACUAUGGAGGAGGAAGAAUCAAACUGUGAUGAUAUUGUUGGUGACAUUAGCUGUAUUUGUUGUGUUUGAGAGAUCUGGUUAUACCCUUUUGUCUCUUGUUUCUAAUGUUCUUCUCCUUCUUGUUGUUAUUCUUUUUCUUUGGGCUAAAUCAGCUGCAAUUCUCAAUAGACCUGCUCCACCUCUACCACAAUUGCAUUUGUCAGAUGAAAUGACAAAUGAAAUCGCAGCUUUUAUCCAAACCAGAGUUAAUAAUCUGUUUUCAGUUUCUCAUGAUAUUGCCCUUGGUAAGGACUCAAGGCUGUUUCUCAAAGUAGCUGCUUACCUAUGGUUAAUUUCUGUUGUUGGCGGCUUCACUGAUUUUCUUACCUUGGCAUACACCAGUCUCUUUAUUCUUCUUACUUUACCUGCACUCUAUGAAAGAUAUGAAGAUUACAUUGAUAGAUUUGUUUUGAAGUGCUACAACAAAUUAUGCCAAUUGUAUAGGAAAAUAAAUGAGGAAUAUAUCAGCAGAGUCCAAUACUGGAUUCUGGAGAAGCAAAAGCUGAGCUGAGUUUGUAUUUUAUUUUCACAUUCAUUUUUGACACUUGCAGAGUUGGCAUCCACUGAAGAUAACUAUGGGGCUAGAAUUUUUGUAUGCUUAUUGGCACAACUCGCUGAGAAAGAUGGCUAGGAACAUGACAUAAUUUCUGUUCUGAAUCUGGUGGCAACUAUCUUAGCAUGGAAUAGGGACAACAAUCGGAAUUCAUGCUUCUUUGUAACAACUUUCAUGCCCAUCUUGAUUUUAGUUCUUAGCACUUUGAGUUCAGUGCAUGCCCAACAAUUAUUCUUUCUUACCCUUAACAAUUAUUCUCCUACCUCUACAAUU